CACAGAGCCGGCCCUCUGCAGGGGGAGUGGUCUGGUGAUGUAUCCGUGUUAGGAGCUCUGUUUCCCGGGUCGCCUCUGAGCGGUGCCUCGCUGUGAUUCCUCCCGGUCCCGGUGGUGUCUCCCAGCGGAGAGCUGCUGUCUGUCUCCCCGGUGAAAGAUGGAGCUGCUCCCGGCUCUCCUCCUGCUGUCUGCCGCCUGUCUGCAGCCCGGCUCCGGUGCAGUGUCACGGUCAGGACCCAAAGUCACCGAGAAGGUGUUCUUUGACAUCACGCUGUCGGGUCAUGAGGUUGGGCGGAUCGUCAUCGGGCUCUUUGGAGAGGUCGUCCCUCUCACUGUCAAUAACUUCGUUGCCCUGGCAACCGGUGAGAAAGGUUACGGCUACAAAGGGACAAAGUUCCACAGAGUAAUUAAAGACUUCAUGAUCCAGGGAGGAGACUUCACCGCUGGAGACGGAACCGGAGGUCACAGCAUCUAUGGGACGACUUUUACUGAUGAAAACUUUAAACUGAAGCACUUAGGAGCUGGAUGGGUGAGUAUGGCGAACGCCGGGCCCGACACCAACGGGUCUCAGUUCUUCAUCCUGGCCUCCAAGGCUCUGUGGCUGGACGGGAAGCACGUGGUCUUUGGGCGGGUCCUGGACGGGAUGGCCGUGGUUCACACCAUCGAGCUGCAGGACACCAACGACAGGAACCUGCCGUACACCGAGUGUGUGAUCGUCAACAGCGGACGGAUCCCGGUCAAAGAGCCCUUCGUGGUGGAGGUGGAGGGCUGGUAACACAAUGUGAUGAAAACAUUCACUAAACUCACAUUUUCAUUUUAUUACUUUAGCAUAAAAACACCAGCCAAUAGGUCCUGGUGUUGGUUUAAAUAGUUUGGUACCAGUAUCUUACGUUAACAGAGUUUUUCAUACUUGAAGGAAAACAACGUUAUGAAUAUUAUAUGACAUCCUUUCUGCUGAUCCUCCUGAAUCUUCCUCACUGGAUCUGUGAAAUAGGAAACGUCUGACACUCACAGCUACAGACGACUUUCAGCUGGUAUCAAAAACAUUCUGGGCUCUGAAACUUGUCCCUGUUAGCAAAGUAACGUGAAGAUAAGGACGUUAGCAUGUUACAUGUCACAAAGACCAAAUGUAACAUGCUACACGUUAGCGUGUGUUUCAUAACAGGAAACUGACUGAAGAGCAUGUUUUUUAAAUGUUUGGUGCUGUGAAUCCCAUAUGACGAUUAUCAUGAAACUUGCACUUACACAAUAACUGGAGCUCCUCAUUCAUCUCUUAUUGCCAAAUAAUUUCUCAUUUGCCAAAUUUCCUUACAUUUUCUAUGCAUUGAAUAUUUUAAUAUCAUCAUUUUUAAUAAACAUAUGCAAACAAAAAGAAACAUGCAAACUCUGUAGCAGGUGUCAAACAUCAUUCUGGCACUUAAUUAUUUAGGAUCUUCUUCUUCACGUUUGGAUUUGUCUUCCUGAUGAAUUAUGCACCGUAUCAUGUUUGCAAAAAAAACUACAGCACAAAUUGCACAGCAAGAAAAAUAUUGUAAAAGUGUGGAAACGAGAAUUAAUAUUGUCUGUUACUGUUUAGUUUAAAUAAUGAAUCUAUGUUUAACCAUGUGACUGCGUCAGUGAACCUGACAGUUAAUUCCUCAGAGUUGUUUUUAAUGUUGUCUCUGUUCUUUCAGUUCAAAGUGUCCCAUUGUAACGUGAUAACGUUUGAACUGAUCUUCCUCACGCCACUGAAGCUAAUGCAGCAUUAAAAACCAAACAUAUCAAAAGUUAUGUUUUCAUUAUUUAUAUUAACAAGAGAAGAGUGUGAACAGCUGUGUUUUCUACAAUAAACUAAAAAUAUAUAUCUGA